CUUGAAUAAGUCGCAGAGGAAGAUAAAAGAGGUGAGACGCUCCAUUAGACUAUCACACUGCUUCCUGGCCGUGGACGGGUUCACAGCUGAAAGAUCACAAUGAAGAUUGUACUUGUGUGUCUAGCGCUGGUCUGCGCUACCUACGCUCAGCAUUUAUCGAGGGAGGAAGCAAGGAACCGAUGCAUUGUUGAACAAACCGGGCGUGUCACAAGGUGUCGCCUACGUCGCCGACAUUGACUGCGCCUUUUACUGGCAGUGUGACUUCGCCUACACCCUACUGAAAAAUGUCACCCUAAAGCAAUGCGCCAUCGGAUCGUUGUGGGCCUCCAUGGCAUUUCCAGCACCCCCACCGGCGGGCGAAGAAGCCGUUGUUUGUGUCAGCUGCGAGCUACAGCCCGAUCAGCUAUGUCGUGUUAAGUACCUCCCCCUCGGGAAGACUGAACAGUGCCCCGUGUAUACAACGCCUCCACCAACUACAACGGAAGCACCACCACCUCUUGGAUCAAAGAAGUGUACUCUCAUGCCUCAGAAAUUGGCAUACCAAGAAAUUAUAGGAGAAGAAACCAAAGUAUGGUACCUGAACGCGAAUGAAACGCUUGACUGUGGACAUCUUAUCUUUAAUUUUAACAUUUGUCGUUGUGACGGAAAGCCUGAGUUUCCAGGUCGGUGGAAUUUUGAUGUGAACUUGAACUCGGACAACAACAGACUUUACGCCGCCAAUGAACCAGUGGGCACAGUAGGAUUGUCGGUAAUAGAGCCAGGAUGCGCCGAGUUUAACGGAUCAGGCGGACUUCAAAUCCCAUACUUUAAGAACAUGCGUCCUCGGGACAGCUGGCUAACUGCAGUUGUCUUCAACAGAGAGGGGUCCCAGGAUGCUGUUCUUCUUUACGGGUGCAUUACCAUCUCCAUAAGCGGUGAUGUAAUCUCAGCGUCUGUUGUAAUCAGGAACCCCCUAGCCCAGGAAGUUCCCUUGACAGUCACAAACGAUGCACCAGGGGCCGGGUAUGUACUGGUGAUCUUGAGAUGGAAUGGCAAGGUCUUAACCCUCACCGUAUACGCCGGAGACGCCGCAUACGAGAGUUUUGUUAUAGCACCAAUUGUUCCAGACCACGAUUUCAAAUGGUCUAUUGUUUGUUUACCACAAGAACCUCUCUUCGUCGGUUAUGUGCCGCCCACGUACAACGUACCAGGUCUCCCAGGAAGCUUUUCUGGCAAUAUUUGUUUGCUCUACUUUACCGACAAAGUGUAUGAAAACGCCGAGCCUGCAAGAGUAGAUGUCAUGGCCGAUUACUCCGGACCAGCAAUCGGAUAUUAGGUGACGAUCGAUAAAGACGACAGAUCCCCACCAAAGCAAGAAACGGAUAUAUAUAUAUAUAUAUAUAUAUAUAUAUAUAUAUAUAUAUAUAUAUAUAAAGGACUCAUUAGUUCCAAUGAUGAUUUUUUGAUAUUCGGAUGUAGAACUGGAUUCCGUAAAAAAAGAAGCUUGUUUGAUACGUUUCUUCUAGCUGGAGAGAUUUGUUUUGCGAUGAUGCUGAUGUGAUCACAUUUGAACGCCAUGUUCUCGUAGUCCAAUAGACAUAACAUCCUGCGAUGUAAAGCAAUUUAGAAUAAACUUAGGACGCAUUUCAAAAUAUAGUUUGUACGCUUUAUGAUUUCCUUUUGUGCAGUCUGUGUUUUUGAGGGAGAGAAUGAGGGAGAGGGAAGAGACAGAAAGAGAGAUAAACUGUAGAAGUUGAGAGAUAAUUGUAAGUAA